CUUCGUCCGCGACGGCGCUGCGUCACGGGCUUUCCGGCGCUUUGCUCCUAGAGACGGCGACUGCUGUGGGGCCAAGCGCUGGCCUCCGGCGCCAGUGAAGCCAGGUUGGCGGCGCGAUGAGGCGCAGCAAGGCCGACGUGGAGCGGUACAUCGCCUCGGUGCAGGGCUCCUCCCCGUCUCCCCGAGAGAAAUCAAUGAAAGGAUUUUAUUUUGCGAAGCUAUAUUAUGAAGCUAAAGAAUAUGAUCUUGCUAAAAAAUACAUAUCUGCGUAUAUUAAUGUGCAAGAGAGGGACCCCAAAGCUCACAGAUUUCUGGGUCUUCUUUAUGAAGUGGAGGAAAACACAGACAAAGCUGUUGAAUGUUAUAAGCGUUCGGUGGAAUUAAACCCAACACAAAAAGAUCUAGUGUUGAAGAUUGCAGAGUUGCUUUGUAAAAAUGAUGUUACUGAUGGACGUGCAAAAUAUUGGGUUGAAAGAGCAGCUAAACUUUUCCCAGGAAGUCCAGCAGUUUAUAAACUAAAGGAACAGCUUUUAGACUGUAAAGGUGAAGAUGGAUGGAAUAAGCUUUUUGACUUGAUUCAGUCAGAACUUUAUGCAAGGCCUGAUGAUGUCCAUGUGAACAUCCGACUAGUGGAGCUGUAUCGCUCAAAUAAAAGAUUGAAAGAUGCUGUGGCCCACUGCCAUGAGGCAGAGAGGAACAUAGCUUUGCGUUCAAGUUUAGAAUGGAAUUUGUGUGUGGUACAGACCCUUAAGGAAUAUCUGGAAUCUUUACAGUGUUUGGAGUCUGAUAAAAGUGACUGGCGAGCAACCAAUAAAGACUUACUUCUGGCCUAUGCUAACCUUAUGUUUCUUACACUUUCCAGUAGAGAUGUGCAGGAAAGCAGAGAAUUAUUGGAAAGUUUGGAUAGUGCUCUUCAGUCUGUGAAAUCUUCUGUUGGUGGAAAUGAUGAACUGUCAGCUACUUUCUUAGAAAUGAAAGGACAUUUCUACAUGCAUGCUGGUUCUCUGCUUUUGAAGAUGGGUCAGCAUAGUGAUGUACAGUGGCGAGCUCUCUCUGAGCUGGCUGCAUUGUGCUAUCUCAUAGCAUUUCAGGUUCCAAGACCAAAGAUUAAAUUAAUAAAAGGAGAAGCUGGACAAAAUCUGCUGGAAAUGAUGGCCUAUGAUCGUCUGAGCCAAUCAGGACACAUGUUGCUAAACUUAAGUCGUGGCAAGCAAGAUUUUUUAAAAGAGGUUGUGGAAUCUUUUGCCAAUAAAAGUGGGCAGUCUACUUUAUAUGAUGCUCUGUUUUCUAGUCAGUCACCUAAGGAUAAAUCUUUCCUUGGUGGUGAUGAUAUCGGAAACAUUGCUGUGCAAGCACCAGAGCCUGAUGAUUUGGCUAGAUAUGAUGUUGGUGCCAUUCGUGCUCAUAAUGGUAGUCUUCAGCACCUUACUUGGCUUGGCUUACAGUGGAAUUCAUUGCCUACCUUACCUGCAAUUCGAAAAUGGCUAAAACAGCUUUUUCAUCAUUUGCCCCAGGAAACCUCAAGGCUUGAAACAAAUGCACCUGAAUCAAUAUGUAUUUUAGAUCUUGAAGUAUUUUUACUUGGCGUGAUAUACACCAGCCACUUACAAUUAAAGGAGAAAUGUAAUUCUCACUACACCACCUGUCAGCCACUGUGCUUGCCACUUCCCGUGUGUAAACAGCUUUGUACAGAUAGACAGAAAACUUGGUGGGAUGCAGUCUGUAAUCUAAUUCACAGAAAAGCUAUCCCUGGAACCUCAGCAAAAUUGCGACUUCUAGUUCAGCAUGAAAUAAACACUCUAAGAGGCCAGGAAAAACAUGGCCUUCAACCUGCUCUGCUUGUACAUUGGGCAAAAUGUCUUCAGAAAACGGGCAGCGGUCUUAAUUCUUUUUAUGAUCAACGGGAAUACAUAGGCAGAAGCGUUCAUUAUUGGAAAAAAGUUUUACCAUUAUUGAAGAUAAUCAAAAAGAAGAGCAGUAUUCCUGAACCUACUGAUCCUCUGUUUAAACAUUUUCAUAGUGCAGACAUUCAGGCAUCUGAAAUUGGUGAAUAUGAAGAAGAUGCACAUACAACUUUUGCUAUAUUGGAUGCAGUUAAUGGAAAUAUAGAAGAUGCUAUGACUGCUUUUGAAUCUAUAAAAAAUGUUGUUUCUUACUGGAAUCUUGCACUGAUUUUUCACAGGAAGGCAGAAGACAUUGGAAAUGAUGCCCUUUCUCCUGAAGAACAAGAAGAGUGCAAAAAUUAUUUGAGAAGGACCAGGGACUACUUACUAAAGAUUAUAGAUGACAGUGAUUCAAAUCUUUCAGUGGUCAAGAAAUUGCCUGUGCCCCUGGAGUCUGUAAAAGAGAUGCUUAAUUCAGUCAUGCAGGAACUUGAAGACUAUAGUGAAGGAGGCCCUUUUUCUAAAAAUGGUUCUUUGCGAAAUGCAGAUUCAGAAAUAAAACAUUCUACGCCAUCUCCCACCAAAUAUUCACUAUCACCAAAUAAAACUUACAAGUAUUCUCCCAAAACACCACCUCGAUGGGCAGAAGAUCAGAAUUCUUUACUGAAAAUGAUUUGCCAACAAGUAGAGGCCAUUAAAAAAGAAAUGCAGGAACUGAAACUAAAUAGCAGUAACUCAGCAUCCCCUCAUCGUUGGCCCACAGAGAAUUAUGGACCAGACGCAGUGCCUGAUGGAUAUCAGGGAUCACAGACAUUUCAUGGGCCUCCACUAACAGUUGCAACUACUGGCCCUUCAGUAUAUUAUAGUCAGUCACCAGCAUAUAAUUCCCAGUAUCUUCUCAGACCAGCAGCUAAUGUUACUCCCACAAAGGGUCCAGUGUAUGGAAUGAAUAGGCUUCCACCCCAGCAGCAUAUUUAUAAUACCUAUUCACAACAGAUGCACACACCACCAGUGCAAAGCUCAUCUGCUUGUAUGUUCUCUCAGGAGAUGUAUGGUCCUCCUACUUUGCGUUUUGAGUCUCCUGCAACAGGAAUUCUGUCACCCAGGGGUGAUGAUUACUUAAAUUACAAUGUUCAACAGACAAGCACACAUCCACCUUUGCCAGAACCAGGAUAUUUCACAAAACCCCCAGUUGCAGCUCAUGCUUCAAGAUCUGCAGAAUCUAAGGUUAUGGAAUUUGGAAAACCUAAUUUUGUUCAGCCCAUGCCAGCUGAAGGAAUAAGGCCAUCUUUGACAACACCAGCACAUACAACACAGCCAACUCCUUUUAAAUUUAACUCAAAUUUCAAAUCAAAUGAUGGUGACUUUACAUUUUCCUCACCACAGGUUGUGACACAUCCCAGUUCUGCAAUUUUCAGUAACAAUGAAUGCCUUUUAGGUCUCCUGACUUCAGAUAAACCUUUGCAAGGAGAUAGCUAUAGUGGACCAAAACCAAUUCCUAGCCAAACCUCUGGAUCUCGAAAUCCAUUCAAUUUUGGCAGCAAAAAUAUGCCAGGAAUUCCAUUUACAGAAAAUAUGGGACCAAGUCAGCAAAAGAAUUCUGGUUUUCGUCGAAGUGAUGAUAUGUUUACUUUCCAUGGUCCAGGGAAAUCAAUAUUUGGAACACCCACUCCAGAGCUGGCAAACAAGAAUCAUGAAACAGAUGGAGGAAGUGCCCAUGGGGAUGAUGAUGAUGGCCCUCACUUUGAGCCUGUGGUACCUCUUCCCGAUAAGAUUGAAGUAAAAACUGGUGAGGAAGAUGAAGAAGAAUUCUUUUGCAAUCGUGCAAAAUUGUUCCGUUUUGAUGGAGAAUCAAAAGAAUGGAAGGAACGUGGGAUUGGCAAUGUAAAAAUACUAAGGCAUAAAACAUCUGGCAAAAUUCGCCUUCUAAUGAGACGAGAGCAAGUACUGAAAAUCUGUGCAAAUCAUUACAUUAGUCCAGAUAUGAAACUGACACCAAAUGCUGGCUCAGACCGAUCUUUUGUAUGGCAUGCCCAUGAUUAUGCAGAUGAGCUGCCGAAACCAGAACAACUUGCUAUUAGAUUUAAAACUCCUGAGGAAGCAGCACUUUUUAAGUGCAAGUUUGAAGAGGCCCAGAGCAUUUUAAAAGCCAUAGGAACAAAUGUAGGCACAGCUCCAAAUCAAACUGUUAGAAUGGCAAAAGAACCCACAAGCCAUGAUAACAAGAAUAUUUGCAAAUCUGAUGCUGGAAACAUGAAUUUUGAAUUUCAAGUUGCAAAGAAAGAAGGGUCUUGGUGGCAUUGUAACAGCUGCUCAUUAAAGAAUGCUGCAAGUGCUAAGAAAUGUGUAUCAUGCCAAAAUCUAAACCCAAGCAUGAAAGAGCCUGUUGGCCCACAAUUAGUUGAAACUGUUUUUGCUCCUAAAACCGGCCCAGAAAAUACUCAAGAUAGAUUUGCAUUGAUGACUUCAAAGAAAGAAGGCCACUGGGAUUGCAGUGUUUGUUUAGUAAGAAAUGAACCUACUGUUACUAGGUGCAUUGCAUGCCAGAAUACAAAAUCUGCUAACAAAAGUGGAUCUUCAUUUGUUCAUCAAACUUCCUUUAAAUUUGGCCAGGGAGAUCUUCCUAAGUCUGUUAACAGUGAUUUCAGAUCUGUUUUUUCUACAAAGGAGGGACAGUGGGAUUGUGGUAUAUGUUUAGUACACAAUGACGGAAGCUCUACAAAAUGUGUUGCUUGUCAGAAUCCAAGAAAACAAAGUCUACCUAUUACUUCUGUUUCAGCACCUGCCUCUUUUAAAUUUGGUACUUCAGAGAUAAGUAAAACUGCAAAGAGUGGAUUUGAGGACAUGUUUGCUAAGAAGGAAGGACAGUGGGAUUGCAAUUCAUGCUUAGUGCGAAAUGAAGCAAAUGCUACAAAAUGUGUUGCUUGUCAGAAUCCAAGUAAACCAGGUCUGUCUGCUUCUGCUGUUCCAGCUCCUGCCUCUUUUAAAUUUGGUACCUCAGAGACAGACAAGGCUCCAAAGAGUGGGUUUGAUGGUAUGUUCACCAAGAAGGAAGGACAGUGGGAUUGCAGUUCAUGCUUGGUAAGAAAUGAAGCCGGCACUACCAAAUGUGUUGCUUGUCAAAAUCCAAGUAAACAGAAUCAGUCUACUUUUGCUCCUUCAGCAUCUGCCUCUUCAGAGAUAAGCAAGGCUCCAAAGAGUGGGUUUGAGGAAAUGUUCACCAAGAAGGAAGGACAGUGGGAUUGCAGUUCAUGCUUGGUAAGAAAUGAAGCCAGUGCCACCAAAUGCAUUGCUUGUCAGAAUCCAAAUAAACAGAGUCAGCCUACUUCAGCUAUUUCAGCAUCUGCCUCUUCAGAGAUAAGCAAGGCUCCAAAGAGUGGGUUUGAGGGAAUGUUCACCAAGAAGGAAGGACAGUGGGAUUGCAGUUCAUGCUUGGUAAGAAAUGAAGCCAGCGCCACCAAAUGUAUUGCUUGUCAGAAUCCAAAUAAACAGAGUCAGCCUACUUCAGCUAUUUCAGCAUCUGCCUCUUUAGAGACAAGCAAGGCUCCAAAGAGUGGAUUUGAAGGAAUGUUCAAAAAGGAAGGGCAGUGGGAUUGUGGUGUUUGCUUUGUACAAAAUGAGAGUUCUUCUUUAAAAUGUGUGGCUUGUGAUUCCUCCAAACCAACUCAUAAACCUGUUGCAGAAGUUCCUUCAGCUUUCACGUUGGGCUCAAAAACAAAGUUAAAUGACUGUUCUGGAAGUCAGGUGGAAACAGGAUUUAAAAGUAACUUUUCAGAAAAAGCUUUUAAAUUUGGCAACAGAGAGCAAGGAUUUAAAUUUGGGCAUGUGGAUCAAGUAAAUAUACCUUCAUUUACAUUUCAGGGUUCUAAUACAGAAUCCAAGUCAACAAAAGAAGGAUUUAGUUUUUCCAUUCCUGCGUCUGCUGAUGGAUUUAAAUUUGGCAUUCAGGAACCAGGAAAUCAAGAGAAAAGUGAAAAGCACCUUGAAAAUGACACUGGUUUCCUGGCUCAGGAUGUUAGUAGCCAAAAGAAUGGUAGUGGUGUGAUUUUUGGUCAAACAGGUAGCACUUUUACCUUUGCAGAUCUUGCAAAAUCAACUUCAGGAGAAGGAUUUCAAUUUGGCAAAAAAGACCCUAAUUUCAAGGGAUUUUUAGGUGCUGGAGAAAAAUUAUUCUCAUCACAGAGUGGUAAAGUGGCUGAUAAAGCCAACACUUCUUCUGACAUUGAGAAAGAUGAUGAUGCCUAUAAAACUGAGGACAGUGAUGACAUUCAUUUUGAACCAGUAGUUCAAAUGCCUGAAAAAGUGGAACUUGUAACAGGAGAAGAAGAUGAAAAGGUUCUGUAUUCACAGCGGGUAAAAUUAUUUAGAUUUGAUGCUGAGAUAAGUCAGUGGAAAGAAAGGGGUUUGGGGAACUUAAAAAUUCUCAAAAAUGAGGUCAAUGGCAAACUACGAAUGCUGAUGCGAAGAGAACAAGUGCUAAAAGUGUGUGCUAAUCACUGGAUAACAACUACAAUGAACCUGAAACCUCUCUCUGGAUCAGAUAGAGCAUGGAUGUGGUUAGCUAGUGAUUUCUCUGAUGGUGAUGCCAAACUAGAGCAGUUGGCAGCAAAAUUUAAAACACCAGAACUGGCUGAAGAAUUCAAGCAGAAAUUUGAGGAGUGCCAGCGACUUCUAUUGGAUAUACCACUUCAGACUCCCCAUAAACUCGUAGAUACUGGCAGAGCUGCCAAGUUAAUACAGAGAGCUGAAGAAAUGAAGAGUGGACUGAAAGAUUUAAAAACAGUUUUGACAAAUGAUCAAACAAAAGUUAUUGACGAAGAGAGUAAGAAUUUAGGUACAGGUGCUGCCACUGCUUCAGACACAACAGUCAAGCCAAAUCCUGAAAGCAUUGGGCCCUCAUUAGAAUGGGAUAACUAUGAUUUAAGGGAAGAUGCUUUGGAUGAUAGUGUUAGUAGCAGUUCAGUACAUGCUUCUCCAUUGGCAAGCAGCCCCGUGAGAAAAAAUCUUUUCCGUUUUGGUGAGUCAACAACAGGAUUUAAUUUCAGUUUUAAAUCUGCUUUGAGUCCAUCUAAGUCUCCUGCCAAGUUGAAUCAGAGUGGAACUUCAGUUGGCACUGAUGAAGAAUCUGAUGUUACUCAGGAAGAAGAGAGAGAUGGACAGUACUUUGAACCUGUUGUACCUUUACCUGAUCUAGUUGAAGUAUCCAGUGGUGAGGAAAAUGAACAAGUUGUUUUUAGUCACAGGGCAAAACUCUACAGAUAUGAUAAAGAUGUUGGUCAAUGGAAAGAAAGAGGCAUUGGUGAUAUAAAGAUUUUACAGAAUUAUGAUAACAAGCAAGUUCGUAUAGUGAUGAGAAGGGACCAGGUACUAAAACUUUGUGCCAAUCACAGAAUAACGCCAGACAUGACUUUGCAAAAUAUGAAAGGGACAGAAAGAGUGUGGGUCUGGACUGCAUGUGAUUUUGCAGAUGGAGAAAGAAAAGUAGAACAUUUAGCUGUCCGUUUUAAACUACAGGAUGUUGCCGACUCCUUUAAGAAAAUUUUUGAUGAAGCAAAAACAGCCCAAGAAAAAGAUUCUUUGAUAACACCUCAUGUUUCUCGUUCAAGCACUCCCAGAGAGUCACCAUGUGGCAAAAUUGCUGUAGCUGUACUAGAAGAAACCACAAGAGAGAGGACAGAUUUAAUUCAGGCCGACAAUGUAACAGAUGUAACUUCAGAAGUUGGAGAAGUUUCUAGCACAUCUGAAACAACAAAAGCAGUGGUUUCUCCUCCUAAGUUUGUAUUUGGUUCAGAGUCUGUUAAAAGCAUUUUUAGUAGUGAAAAAUCAAAACCAUUUGCAUUUGGCAACAGUUCAGCCACUGGAUCUCUGUUUGGAUUUAGUUUUAAUGCACCUUUGAAAAAUAACAAUAGUGAAACUAGUUCAGUAGUCCAGAGUGGAUCUGAAAGAAAAGUGGAACCUAAUGAAUGUGACCUGUCAAAGAAUACUGAUACCAGACAAUCUUCUGAUGGCAAAGUCAAAAAUCUCUUUGCUUCCUUUCCAAAGGAUGAGUCCUCCAUUAAUAACACAUUUAAAACACCAGAAAAGGGAUUUAAUUUUAGCCUUUUUAAAUCUAAUCCCAUGGCCUUUUGGACCAGCACCCCUUCCUCACAGCCUGAGAGCAAAGCAAAAGAGAAGGAAAAACCUGAAGAUCCUCCCUCAGAUGAUGAAGUUCUCAUUGUGUAUGAACUAACUCCAACUGCUGAGCAAAAAGCCCUUGCAACCAAACUUAAACUUCCUUCAACUUUCUUCUGCUAUAAGAAUAGACCAGAUUAUGUUAGUGAAGAAGAGGAGGAUGAUGAAGAUUUCGAAACAGCUGUCAAGAAACUUAAUGGAAAACUAUAUCUGGAUGACUCAGAAAAAUGUUGGCCAUUGGAAGAAAAUCUAGCUGAUAAUGAGAAGGAUUGUGUUAUUGUUUGGGAAAAGAAACCAACAGUUGAAGAGAAGGCAAAAGCAGAUACAUUAAAGCUUCCACCUACAUUUUUCUGUGGAGUCUGCAGUGACACUGAUGAAGACACUGGAAAUGGGGAAGACUUUCAAUCAGAGCUUCAAAAAGUUCAGCAAGCUCAAAAAUCUCAGAGUGAAGAUAUAACUAGCACAGCCAACAGUGUGUGUACAGGUCGGACUGAAAUGACAGUACCUCUUUUCUGUAAAUCUGAAGAACCCGAUUCUAUUACUAAAUCUCUUAGUUUACCACCUAUUUCCUCUGGAACUGCAGAGAAGCCUGUAGAUUUGUCUACUAGAAAGGAAAUUGAUGCAGAUUCUACAAGCCAAGUGGAAAGCAAAACAGUUUCAUUUGGAUUUGGAAGUAGCACAGGGCUGUCAUUUGCAGACUUGGCUUCCAGUAAUUCUGGGGAUUUUGCUUUUGGUUCAAAAGAUAAAAAUUUCCAGUGGGCAAAUACCGGAGCGACUGUGUUCGGAACACAGUCAACCAGUAAAGUUGGUGAAGAUGAAGAUGGUAGUGAUGAAGAAGUAGUUCAUAAUGAAGAUAUCCAUUUUGAACCCAUAGUGUCAUUACCAGAGGUAGAAGUAAAAUCUGGAGAAGAAGAUGAAGAAAUUUUGUUUAAAGAGAGAGCCAAACUUUAUAGAUGGGAUCGUGAUGUCAGUCAAUGGAAAGAGCGUGGUGUUGGAGAUAUAAAGAUUCUUUGGCAUACAAUGAAGAAUUACUAUCGGAUACUAAUGAGAAGAGACCAGGUCUUUAAAGUGUGUGCAAACCAUGUUAUUACCAAAACAAUGGAAUUAAAGCCCUUAAAUGUUUCCAAUAAUGCUUUAGUUUGGACUGCCUCAGAUUAUGCUGAUGGUGAAGCAAAAGUGGAACAGCUUGCAGUGAGAUUUAAAACUAAAGAAAUGGCUGAUUGUUUUAAGAAAAAAUUUGAAGAAUGUCAGCAGAAUUUAUUGAAACUCCAGAAAGGACAUGUGUCACUGGCAGCAGAAUUGUCAAACGAGACCAAUCCUUUGGUGUUUUUUGACGUUUGUGCAGAUGGUGAACCUCUAGGACGCAUAACCAUGGAAUUAUUUUCAAACAUUGUUCCUCAAACUGCUGAGAACUUCAGAGCACUGUGCACUGGGGAAAAGGGCUUUGGUUUCAAGAACUCUAUUUUUCACAGAGUAAUUCCAGAUUUUGUUUGCCAAGGGGGAGAUAUCACCAAACAUGAUGGAACAGGAGGACAGUCCAUUUAUGGAGACAAAUUUGAAGAUGAAAAUUUUGAUGUGAAACAUACUGGUCCUGGGUUACUAUCCAUGGCCAAUCGAGGCCGGGAUACCAAUAAUUCUCAGUUUUUUAUAACACUGAAAAAAGCAGAACAUUUGGACUUUAAGCAUGUAGUGUUUGGGUUUGUUAAGGACGGCAUGGAUACUGUGAAAAAGAUUGAAUCAUUUGGUUCUCCUAAAGGGUCUGUUAGUCGAAGAAUAAGUAUCACAGAAUGUGGACAGAUAUAAAAUCAUUGUUUUUCAUUGUAAAUUUUUUCUGUAUAAGCAGUUGAAUUGAAGCUUAGCUGUUACAGACAAAAUAUGGUAAUUAUGUUCAGCUUUUAAAAAUGGACGUUUCUGCUGUAUAAAUGUAAAAUUGCAGCUUAUAGCUGUUGUCACUUUUUAAUGUGUUAUAAUUGACCUUGCAUGGUGUGAAAUAAAAGUUUAAACACUGGUGUAUUUCAGGUGUACUUGUGUUUAUAUGUACUCCUGACAUAUCUGUAUUAAAAUGGAAUAAUAUUAAUCUUGUUAAAAGCAAUAGACCUUCUUAAAUUAUUGAAGGAAUAUGAUAUAUGCAAUUAAGUUUUAAUUCCUUUUAAGAUAUUUGGAUUUCCUGCAUGAAUAUACUUACCAUUUAAAUAAAGGGACCACAGCUUGAUAAUUUUAUUUUAGAUUUGAAGUAUAUUUGGUAAUCUUAACUGUUGGUGUACUUGUUUAUACAGACUCAUGUUUGAAUGGGUAGAGUCACAGAAGGUAGAGAGUUAACCAAAGUGCUCUUCUAUAAUCUUUAUUACACCUCCUGUGUAGUUACAAGUUAACUUUUAAGUAGAGUACCUUCCUUUCUUAAAAUAUGUAGCAUCCUGUGCCCUUUCCAAAGGUAUUGAAUUAAUUUUUACAUUUUAAACAAGUUCACUAUUUCCUUAGCUGUAUUUUUUUUUCUUUUUUUAAGCUUUCUGUCAUCUGUCUUUACUACCUCAGAAACUGCAGCUUGGUUCUGAUGAUAGAUACUGAAUUUUUCCUUGCAAUUAUUGUGAUAAAGUAUGAAUAUUUUUAGAAGGUCUAUAUACAUGGUCUUUGGUUAAAGAUUUGCUUUAUACUAGAAUGUUGCAGUACCUUUUUCUGGUAAAUUUUGUAGCAGAAAUAAAGUGACAAUUCAUAAGA